AUGGCCGCGAACGUGUUGUCCGCCUUGAACGACAUCGACGCCGCGUUGCGCGCCACCUCCAAACCGUGGAACGGCCUGUUCUCCUGGGCCGAGGCCCGGACCGGCAUCACCCGCCUGAAGCUGUUCUUCGGUGUGGUCUGCGCCACGUGCAUGUUCCUGAUCCCGGGCAGCCUGUACUCGGCGCUGGCCAGCGACCUGCUGGGAUUCGCGUAUCCCGCUUACGCGACCGCCGCGCUGAUGAUGCGCACCGUCGAACAGCUGCCGGCCGCCGACCGCCGCGCGUCCGUGUCGCCGGACAACAGAUGGUUCACCUAUUGGAUGCUGUUCGCCGUCGCGUUGACGGUGCAGCAGAUGUGCGGCGGCCUCCUCCGGUCGGUGCCGUUCUAUUGCCUGAUCAAGACCGCGUUUUUCGCGUGGUGCGCCGCGCCGAUGGAGGCCAACGGUGCCGCCUACGUGUACGCCGUCGUCGUACGCCGUUAUUUCAACCCCGACGAGCGUUGACCGCACGAGUCCGGGUCUCAACGUAACGAUUUUUACACAAUAACAAGAUAAUAAUAUCAUCGCUUCGGGAAGACGCCGCGUCCUCGACUGUUGGACGGUGCGCAUCAUCAGCGCGCGACGGUCGCG